AUGGAGUUCACCAAUAAGGUGAGUUGUGUUUUUCAUUAGUAAUAACUAAAAUACGACAGAUAAAUAACUUAAAUCUCGGUUAUUUAUGGGAAUUCAGCUGUUGACUCAAUAUUGGGUAAUAAGCCGUCUAUUUGAACACUUCACACCAAACGAUGGGCUAUGAGUCUAGACAACGGAGAGGUUUUUGAUUCUGAUGUUCGCAUUCAAGAGGGGGAAAAGCUGAAAUUUAAAAGAGCCGUGGAUUUCAGACUUUCGUGAGCGAUUUGGAAACCAAAUUUGCAUUGUUAACUUUCGAUUCUAUUCCUUGUUUCCGCUUAUGUUAUUUAUUAUCAUUGAGUCAAAACAUCGAUAAAUUGAAGUUUAAACGAGUUUUCAUUUUGAUGAAAAUGACGCGUUUUUCAUUUAAAACGAACUUUCAAUGAAAAUUGAUAUUUAAAAGUAUAACGAAUUAAAUCUACUCAGUUAUGUAUCUAGGUCAAAUUUUAAUAUUUUUAUGCAUAAUUAAAAUGUCAACCACAUCAUGAGUUCUCAUCACAUCACGUUUGUAUAUAUGAUAAAUUUCCUGCUUAAAUGCUAAAUGCUAACAUGUCGUACCCAAACUUGAAUUUAUUUACAAUUUACUGAGUAUUUUAACAUGAUUCGUACGCACGUGAACGAGAUUAGUGAAAUGUUUUCCGUGACUUUUUGGCGAUUUAAAUGUACGAAGGAUGUCGGACUCGUCUCCAGUCAUCUUUCAUUUGUCUAUGGAAGCGUACGAGUGAGACGGGAAUGAGUCUGAUUGGUACGCAACUAAGGAGAUGGCGGGAAAGUAUUUUCUUCCCGUAUCUCGUCGUGCGCCUAUGCAGUGAUAACUUGAAGAAAAAUUCACCAACUAAUCAUACUAAUAUUUAAUUUCAUGUACAAACCAUUUAUUUUGCUUUUUUUUUUCCUUUUUAUAUAGGACGAGUAUGAACAAUUCCUAAAAAGUCCAGAUAACAAAGAUAAGCUGAUAGUAAUCGACUUUUAUGCGGAUUGGUGUGGUCCGUGCAGAAAAAUCAAACCUGCCUUUAGGGUAAGUGACGAGAUAAAGAACGGACGUUAGAAGAGCGCGGGGGGGAGGGGGGUGGGCUUUAAGAUACAUGUGAACCGUACCCCUCUCCUCUGGUACAAAAAUUUGGAACGAAAGGUACCUUGAUUUUCUUCUGAUUUCCAAUAUAACGGUGACAUUUAAGUCCCCAGCCCCACCCCCUUACCUCACUUUUUUUUUUUAUCGUGGUUUCGUCAUUCUUCAGUUUGUGACUGUAUUAAUGAGAUAUUGACAGAUGUAGUUGCUCCAAAUAAACAUUUCUACUUCAGUUAUCUUGAAUGAAACAUCUGUGUAUAUGUGUGAGGGCGGAAAUUUGCGCCCAAAAGAUUGGUGUAAAAAAUUUGCAUGUUCUUUUAACAGAAACUCGCUGCCAAGUUUACUGAUGUAGUCUUCGCAAAAAUUGAUGUUGACGAAGCUGAAGUAAGUGAACAACUAUUGAACAGAAAGACACAAAUAGCGAAUGAAAAAAAAAGUUUACUUUAAUGACAGUUGAUACUAGCAAACAGUGACGAUGUGACUAAGAUGACAUUUAUAGUCAAGAUUACUCAUGACGACAUGUGAUAACACCUGACAACACGUUUCUUUAGCUCAGUGGUAGAGUAUCGGAGCGCAAAGUCCGAAGUUUUGAUGUUCCAUUCCUCGUGAGAGAAUCAGAUGUUUUUCUUUGUUCUGUGAUCUUGAUAAAAAGAUAAACAGCAUUCUUUAAGAUGUUGUUGCUGUCUCUAUUUUUCCGUUGGUAAAUGACAUCAAUAUGUCAUGAUAGCCUUGGAUGGGGACAAAGGGCAGGUCAUUGUGCGUUAGAUGUGUAUUGUUUUGUCUUUGUAGGCCAUAGCCGAGGCGGAAAACGUAGAAGUCAUGCCUACUUUUGUUUUUUACAAGAAUGGAAACAAGGUAAUCGAAACAAGGCACUUAAAGAAGAACUUACACGAGUUUUAAUACAAGUGAAAAAAUAAGUGGGCAUGUCCAGCUCGCGUGAACAGAGACAAUCAUUGCGCAAAAUGACUGCCGUCUGAAAAGUCUCACUAUUCAAGUAGGCCGACACUGGCCGAGCAUGCACAUUUAUUUUUGCCGCUGUGCUGUUUUACCUUCUAAGACACAAGCAUGUGUUUUUCGAACGAUAAUGGCGAUUAGAAAAACUAUUGGGCAUGCUAACGUUAUAUGAUACCUCUCGCUUGAAGUUCAAUGUCUUUAACCCUCUAACCCUGAGGGCGGCAAGCAUCUCAUUUCUCACUAUGGUAUCACUCCUGAAUAAAACACUAGGCUCGUGAGAAUUAAGCAUAUGAUCCCAGAUUUGAAAAGCUCUUGAUUUUCAUCUAAAUUCUCCUUGCCAAUUCCAUAAGAAAUGUAUAGAGAACAGUAUGGAGAAUAAAAAUGCUGAUAUUAGGGUGUAAAAAGUUGACUGAAACUAUUUGCUUUGUUUUUCUUUUUAUUCCAGUUACAUUCAUUCAGUGGAUCAAACGAAAAGGACUUAGAAGAAAAAAUAAAAGAACUUAAGUAGUAUUCUUUCCUACAUUUAACAAGGACAAAAUUAAAAACUUUCCUUUUCUGUUAUGACAAUAUUUUGACCGAAAGAAUCACUCAUAUAUUGAUUUUAAUGGAACCUAAUGUUGUCGAUGUUAUUGUUGUAACUUGUGUGGAAAUUCGAAACAUGAUUUAUGAUUUAUAUUGAUUUUGUACCUAAGAUUUUUAUUUUGUAUCUGGG